AUGGACAACCAACAUCCAGUUAUUGGAAAAAGGCAAGUUAUUUCAUUAGUUCAAAAUCCACAUGUUGGUCUUAAGCAUACUCAUAACCUGGUGAUUCAACAGAGUCCUUCCUUAGGAUUGGCACAGACACAUGAACUUGAUAUGGAUUUAAAACGAGCAGAUGAUAGUGAGAUAAGUUUAGGAGAGGGUGUAAGUUGCAGUUAUUUGCUGGUUCCUGCCAUUAACCAGGAAUUGGCUCUUACACAUUGUCAAGAACUUCAAAAUGAGUAUGAUCAAGGCAAUGAUCAUGAGAGUAAAUAUAAUGUGGGUGAUGUGGAUGAAUUGGAUCCAUGUGAAGAUGGUCAAAUGGGCAUCGAUCAAGAUGAUAGUGGGUUGGAUAAACAUGACAGGCAAUUGACUUUUACCUCACAGGAACAUGAAUUAGGCCUGUCAGAGAAUAAUGAAUUGGCUAUUAUAGAAAACCAUGAUAUUGAUGACGACUUGGAUCUCAUUGUUGACCAGAAUCAUGAAAUGGCUGUUAUCUCUUCACCCAAUCUGUCUGUUCAGCAGCCUCAGUUCAUAAUAACUUCCUCUAUUGUCCAAUCGCGGAUGAUGACUCCUGCUCCUACGCAUGAACUUAGUGUGGGCCAAGAGUUCCCUGAUGUCAAGAGUUGUCGCAGAGCAGCAAGGGACGCGGCGAUAGCUCUUCAUUUUGAGUUACAGACAGUCAAGUCAGACAAAACCCGUUUCACUGCCAAAUGUGCUAGUGAAGGAUGCCCAUGGCGAAUUCAUGCCGCAAAGCUUCCAGGUGUUCCUACUUUUACCAUUAGGACCAUCCAUGCAGACCAUACAUGUGGUGGUAUUGCUCAUCUUGGUCAUCAGCAAGCCUCGGUCCAGUGGGUAGCAAACUCUGUGGAACAACGCCUCAGAGAAAACCCACAUUACAAGCCAAAGGAGAUACUGGAGGAGAUUCACCGUGUUCAUGCUGCUAAUGCUCUUACUGUUAUGGAGUUUGAUGCUAAACUUCUGGAGAUAGAAGAAAUGUCACCAGAUGCUGCUUAUUGGGUUCGACGAAUUCCUCCUCGCUUGUGGGCUACUUCACAUUUCGAGGGAACACGCUUUGGGCAUCUGACAGCCAACAUAGUUGAGUCAUUAAAUUCUUGGAUACUGGAAGCUUCCGGGCUUCCAGUAGUUCAGAUGAUGGAGUGCAUACGUAGGCAAUUGAUGACUUGGUUCAAUGAGCGACGUGAAGCAAGCAUGCAGUGGACAUCUCUACUUGUUCCCUCUGCUGAAAGGCAUGUUUCAGAGGCCAUUGAACGAGCACGCACUUACCAGGUUCUCCGAGCAAAUGAAGCCGAUUUUGAAGUUAUAUCUCAUGAAGGGACAAUCACUGUGGAUAUCCGCAACCGCUGUUGUUUAUGUAGAGGAUGGCAGCUAUAUGGUCUUCCCUGUUCUCAUGCUGUGGCUGCUCUACUUUCUUGCAGGCAGAAUGUUCACCGCUUUACUGAGAGUUGUUUCACUGUGACAACAUAUCGCAAAACAUACUCACAAACCAUACAUCCUAUCCCAGAUAGAACCCUCUGGCAGGAAAUUUCUGAGGGAUCUCAAAAUGAAGGAAGCAGUGAAGAUAUAGUAGUGAAUCCACCAAAGACACUUCGGCCGCUCGUACAGACAAGAAAAAGGCGAACUCGUACUGAAGAUCGUGGUCGUGUUAAACGGGUUGUGCGUUGUAGCCGCUGUAACCAGACUGGACAUUUUAGAACAACAUGUGCAGCGCCCAUAUAA